AUGUCUGCUCCAGAACCCAAGAGCCCUCUAGGGUAUCAUCGCGUCCUUGCACCGUCUGCAGGCGUCAAAGUGUCUCCACUAUGCCUGGGUGCGAUGAACUUUGGGACCGCAUGGGAGGAGUCCAUGGGCAAAUGCACGAAGGCGGAUGCCUUUGCCAUUAUGGACACGUUCUAUGAGAAUGGGGGUAACUUUAUCGACACUGCGAAUAAUUACCAAUCCGAACAAUCAGAAGAAUGGAUUGGGGCCUGGAUGACAGCCCGUAGGAACCGCGAUCAGAUGGUCAUCGCGACCAAAUACACCACAGGCUUUCGCUCCGCGCACUUUGACAAAGAACCCAUCCAGUCCAACUACGUCGGCAACUCCCUCAAGUCGCUGCACAUAUCCGUCAACCACAGCCUCAGGAAGCUGCAGACGGACUACAUCGAUCUCCUCUACGUGCACUGGUGGGACUUCACCACCAGCGUCGAGGAGGUCAUGCACGGACUUAAUGCGCUGAUCUCUGCAGGUAAGGUCCUGUACCUCGGGGUUUCGGAUACGCCCGCCUGGGUGGUGGUCAAGGCGAACGCGUACGCGCGAGCCCACGGGCUGCGGCCAUUCUCCGUCUACCAGGGCAAGUGGAAUGCGCUGUGCAGGGACAUGGAGCGCGAGGUUAUCCCGAUGUGUCGGGAUCAGGGCAUGGCGAUUGCUGCGUGGGCGCCGUUGGGUCAGGGGCGGUUCAAGGCGGCGAAAGCCCGCGAGGCGGCGCAUGCUGGCAGAGGACGGUCGGCUCAGAUGAGCGAGGAUGAGGCUAAAGUGUCCGAGACGCUCGAAGAGGUUGCAAAACUGAGAAAUACCAGUCUGCAUGCUGUGGCUCUCGCGUAUGUCCUGCACAAGUCGCCUUACGUCUACCCCAUUAUUGGACAGCGGAAGGUUGAGCACCUUCUGGCGAACAUUGAGGCGCUCAAUGUUGAGCUGUCUAGGGAGGACAUGGAUAAGAUCGAUACCGCUGUAUCAUUCGAUCCGGGUUUCCCGAUGAAUUUCAUCUUCCAAGACACACCCUAUAACUUGAAUUUGACGGCCGCUGAUGUGACUUAUACUCGCCUUUCAGUGCACCUGCAUUCCCCUCCUCACCAACAGCCAGUCAGGCCGCGCAAGGAUAUUUGA